CUUAACGUAAACUGUACUGUUACCCCGACGACGACGCCAUUUUCCAUAAUUUUACCUGCAGAAUGUAAAUAAAUGCCGAAUACACAUUGAUUUCUGCUUCAUAUAUCCACUGAAAUGGACGGAAGAAUGGCAGUAGCUCGCCUUCCGCCUCUAAAUGGGGCCAAAACAUUAGGGAUGCCACCUACAAAGUUUGAUGGGUUAACUGGACCUUCUUAUAAACUUGGUGACACAUCUCAUCCUCUACCUAACCCUAGAGCUCUGAGGCCUUAUGUUGACACUAUUUCCGGAGAGGUGGACACAUGGCCAGCCCAUGCCAGUGGUCAUGCUGUGGGGAAUGUUUCUAUGAUGUUGUCCAAAAAUAAAAGCUUAGUCAUAUAUAAUGAUGAAGAUUUUGGUAAACCUCAAGUCAUUCCAAAACCAAGAUUCUUGGACCAAUUGGAAACCUACUUGAAGAAAGAGUUACGGGCCUUAGGUGUUACAGAGGUCAUGCCAAAUGAACUAAGAUUACAAGCACACAGAGAAGUAUUUGAAUAUCUGAUUGAAGAUUUCAAGACUUAUAAGCCUCUAUUAUCAGCAAUAAAAAAUGAAUAUGAGAUGAUUUUGGCCUAUCAGAGACAACAGAUAAGAGAUUUAGAACCAUUAAAACAAAUGUUAAUAACUGUAUCAGAACAAUGUGACCAGAAGAUAAUGUCAAUCAGAGAUGAAGAAAAACAAGAAAUGACAGAUUUAAAAAUGGAAAACAAGAAUUUGAAAGAAAGAAUACAGGCUAUGAACAAUGAACGAGGAGAUCUAAACAGUCAGGUGUAUAAACUACAGGAAGAACUAGCAGCAGAAUACAGACGUUACAGGGAUGAAUGUGAUGCAAGGAAAAUGUUAAUUGAAGAUAUUAAUGAAAUGAGGGCAGCAGAGAUGGCUGAUGACAGUAAACAACCAACUAUGUCAGGAGAGGCUGUUGAGGAUGACCCAGAGAUGAUGAAAAUAGCUCUCAGACAAGCCAGAAUUGACGAGAAAUCUGCUACAACGAGACUGAAUGAUAUGGUAGCCAAUUAUGGAGAUGUUAUACCAAGAAGAGAUUUCGAAGCUCUGACUAUCAAAUCCCAGAAAAUGGAAGAAGACUAUACUAUAUCUAAAGACGACUUUGCCAAACUGAAAGCUGAACAUGAUGCCCUUCUAGAGAUGCAUACCAAGAUUACAAAACAGAGAGAUGAAUUCUAUGUGGAAUUAGAAACAAUGAAGAGAAGCUCAACACCAAGGCCAGAUUGGGACAAGUGUGCAGAUAUUUUACAAGGAGGUAUGGGUAGAUGGAAGGAAAUAUCACAGAAUAAAUCAACCAAUGAAUGUGUAGAUGUCUUACUCAAUGAGAUUGCUGCUGGUGGGGGAUCUGAUGCAGGCGGAGCUGAGUAUUUUGAUGGAAAGGGUACUGGACCAGAAAUUCCAGCCUACUUAAGAGUUGAAGGUCAAGUACGGAACAGAAGACUUGGUAAACGUGACUGCUCUCUAAUCAUCAGAGAUAUUUGGAGGGAAAAGGCAGCAAAUGAUGCAGGAAAAACAGAUGGUGUACGAGAUAAAAUGCAGGACUUCCUGUAUGAAUAUCUGAGUCGAAGGUUCUCCAUGGAACAGAUGAGGAUAGAAUGGGGCUAUAAUUUAGAGGAUGCCUGCACAAGAUAUGCUCAUGAUGAAAUGAUUGGAUUGUUCCAGGGUGUACUGUCAGGGGAGAUUGAUGAAGAAGUUUACCAUGGUACAAUGGAACAAAUUGAACAAAUAAUGGCUACAUUCAACAAAAUAGACUUUGAUAAAGGGAACCCUGGGAAUAUUACCAAGGAUGAAUUACGACAAGGUUUGAAGGAAGUCUUCCCUACUAUAGACCCAGAGAUGAUUGUUGCUAUAGUUUCUGCCGCUGAAGUAGAAUUAGAUGCUAGAGACAAAGACAAAGUGGAAUAUCAAGAAAUGUUUAAAGAGGACGAUGAAGGAAGAACUGGACCAUUCCUUGAUGAAGUUAGAAAAUUGAUUAAACAAGAAAGAAAUAGUUAUGCUGAAGAUGUUAAACAACAAUUAUCAGAUUUAAAGACUGUGUCUGUUGAUGAAUUAAAGAGAGGAUUAAGUUUAGCAGACCCUGAAAUUGAUAAUAAGACAAUGGACAAAUAUGUGUUAUGGGUCUUCGAUACCACUCCAGAUAAACUAGCUGAAGUAGAAUCAAUAGAACUAUCUAAAGUAAUUAGUCGAUUACAAAAUGGCAAUGUCAGACGGUCGGGGAGAAAGUUUUAAAUAUAUAGUAUUUUUAUGAAAUCCGAAUGAAGAUGAUAUUUUUUUUAACAUUAUUAUUUGUAUUCCUUUUUUGUCUGUGAUAUUCUGUGUGUUGUAUGAAAGUAGAUGGGUGUCCUUAAGUGUGUGAAUGAAUCAUCUAGGUUUUACAUGAUUUUACAAACAUUUGUAAAGCACCAAUAUUCAUUGCAUUUCUUAAUAAUAAAAUGAAAACUAAGAUGAAGAAUAUUAAUGGAAAAGAGAAGUAUGGUGAAUAAAUUCAUUCUAUGACAAGAUAGUUUGUGUACACAUUUAUACAUAAAAGUGGAACUUCCAUAUUUUCAGUUUUUAUUUGGCAUCUCAGUUAUGUUUUAACUUCUUUGCAUUUACUAGUAUUUAUUUCAUGAAUAAGGGAAAGAAAUCUGUGAUAUGGUAGUUCAUUAUUUUAUAAGCCGUCCAAACAUUUUUACUUUUUAUUUUGUUAAUACAUUGUAUACUAAGUUAAUAAUGAACACAAAUAUUUGAUCAAAAUUUGUAUUCCUUAAAUAACAAGUGUAUUUAGGUUGACUGAAAAUUAAGUCUUGAUAAAAAAUAUCCAGUACAUUGAGUGCUAUAUUUAUGUAUAUAUAUAUGAAAACACACUAUUAAGAAAUACAAAAGUAUAGAAAG